UUUUUUUUUUCGACUCGACACCUUUAUUGUCUAUAUGCCUCUAAACUAAGAGGCAUAUCGGAUGGAUGCCAAUUAGCAAUCAUAAGCAAAAAAAGACAUCAUGGUCUCAACUUAAGCACAUUCUAAACCAAAAAGCCCCACAUGAUCAAGACAUAAAAGACUGGAAAAGCCUUUCACCCAAUAAACCGCCUUUGCCAUUCCUUUUUACAGAUCCUGUUUCCAAGCAUCAAUCCAAGGAUUCGACUAUUCCCACUCAACCUGUACUGUCUUUUUCUUCUUCUUCGCGAGACUUGUAUCCUAUACAAGAAACUUCAGAAACAAAUACUUCUAGUUCAAAAUCUCGUCAUCCAGCCGAAGGAAAUAUGUUGAACAAUGCAUCGUCCUCAAGUGACAGAUUUGAUCUCAUUAUUUCGCAAGUCAAAAAACCAAAUGUUGAGAAGAUUCUCGAAGAAGAGUAUCAUCAUAGGUAUAUUCCUAUUCCUGAAUGGCUAGCACAAGCGUCUACAUGCGAGCCGCGGUUUGAUCCUGUUCUUCAAUAUAACGAAGCAGAGUCGAAAACUGUGUUUGCUGAAAUGGUCAUAACAGCAUUUGAUCUUUUUAAAAAGCCCAAACAUAUUCCAAAAGACAUGUAUCUAUUGUUCAACGAAAACGACAAUGAUAUGAAGGGAAUCACUAUUAUCAUGCAAAAUGGUACAAGAGAAGAUUACCUAGGAUUUGGAGGAUCAUUACAAUAUUUAGCACCUGAAUUGUGGACUCACUCUCAUUUUGAUUAUGAACAUGUUGAGAUAUGGUCAUUGGGGAUUUCUUUGUUUCGUAUGCUGAUAGGAAGAUAUCCAUUUUAUACUCAAGGACUAUUUGACAAAGAAAUAUAUACAAGAAUGACUCAUUGUCCUGAGAUACCCAAGCAGAUAUCCAAAGAAGCAAGAGACUUAAUACAAAAAAUGCUGUCACCGGAGCAUAAUCGUGCCUCAUUUGAUCUCAUCUUAUUUCAUCCUUGGUUGAAAGCACAUCAUAUUCAAAAAGAACCUCUACAAAAAGAGAACAAAAAACAGAGCAAAACAAAGAGAAUGGCUCAACUUGUCCAAAAGAUUAUUAGACUGGUAUUCAAAGGUCCUUAUCCUCCUCCUGCUUCAUAUUACGAUUUGGUCAUCAUUAACAAAAGAUAUACAUAAACACAAAUACUUUUUGAUUGGAGGAACACAAAAAAAAAUUUUUUUCUCUGGCUAAAAUUUUUUCAUUCUCUUCAACUAUAAAUGAAGUCAAUAAACAUUAAUUUCUUUUUUUUUUUCUUUA